AGAUUCUCUCCCCUUUUUUUUUUUUUUUGGUUAUUAAUGAAAUCACAAUAAAAACAUAUAUGCCAGCAAGCUAAUUUAAGCUCUUCUCAGAUCUAGUUUUCAGUGUGCAAUACCAAAACUUGAAACUACAUACAUACUCUUACUAUCCAGCAAAUUAAAUUAAAGAUUGGAAUUGAGAGAUAGAUCAUAGAUGGCUUGUGUUGCUUUAACUUCUCUCAUUAAAACCAUUGAGAUUGAGUUUCUUGGGCAAACAGCAAGAGUAAGCCUGUCUCUCCAUCAUCAUCAUCAUGAUCAUGAUCCAGCAGGAAUCAUCAACUCUUUCCUUGAAAACCUUUCUACUUUGCAACACCAUGUGGAAGAUCUCCAGAAGGAAUCCAAUGGUGAUGGUGAUGCAGUAUUCAAAGUGAGAGAUUUAGAAAUGGAAAUCAGAGAGUUUGCACUCAAAGCUGAAGACGACAUUGAACUACACCUUAGCAACUUCCUUGAACAUGGAGGAGAGUAUGGAGAAAAAGCUGCAGCUUGCCAUCAAACUUUGCAAGAAGCUGCAAAAUAUGCAACAGAGUUGUUGGAGUCAUCAAAAACGGUGUUGGGUAGUGCUACUGUCGUUGAUGAUGAGGCAAAUCAAACUCAACCAUCAAAUACUUGGUUAAAACAUGCUAGCGCCGCAAGUGUUGAGUCUCAUGGAUCCACCUCGCAUGGCUUUCUAAAGCCUGAGGCCAGAAUGGUUGGUCGUCACAGUGAUUGUACACUCAUAAAGAAUGUACUCUUUUCUGACAGUUUUGAUGUACCAGGUAUAAUCUCAAUUGUCGGAAUGGUGGGUAUUGGAAAGACUACUGUAGCAAGAAAUGUGUAUGAAGAUCCAUCAGUUGCAUCCUAUUUCGAUGUAAGAGCUUGGGUUACUAUACCUCCUCCUCAACGCUACAAUAAGACCAGAAUGCUAAGCCAACUUCUUCACUCAAUUACACCAGUAGAAAACCAAAUGUAA